AAUCCUCGUUUAGUUCUAAUAAAGAAACAGAAACAAAAACAAAAAGACAACUGAAUCGUGGCGGCAAUGCUGAGAAUGAGAUAAAGCCUGGAACAAUCCAAUCCCUCCCUCUUCUUUGGGGUAAACGAAUCAACAGAUUGCUUCUCAUCACUCUGUGACUCCUACACACCCUCCGCUGUCUUGCAGAUACUCUUGAGUUCGACGCAACAUAGAAAGCAAAAGUACGGAGAAGAGAAAAGAGAGCAUGGUAAGCUGAUUGCGAAGACGAGUGGUACACGUGGCGAACCUCCCAAUCAAGCUGCUGAUGCCCAGCACUUUCACUAACAUCAAAGAGAUCGCACUUAAGACCAUCCCUUCUGCUUCCAAGAAACCAAGCGCGUCCUCGAUUCCCUCUACGGCUUCGAGGUCGAGAAGUUUCAAACCCUCAACAUGGAGCUCAAUAGGAAGAAGAAGCGUGGCGGCCUGUUGGUCGCAAACCCGACCACAAAAAGGCGUACGUGACUCUGAGAAACCCUCUCUAGAGCCAGAUGAACAAGCAAUCCAAGUCGAGCGUGAUGGAGAAGGCUCGGGUCGAGAAAGUAGGGGACAGAUUCGGCAAUCGCCAGCAUGGAAACGUGGCGAAAUUUCCGUGGAGCAAUAUGAGUACUUUGUCGGAAUGAUGACAUUGGGGCCCGGAUAUGAAAGACCGACUGUUAUGACCUAUUAAAAGACCUAUGAAGGUUAUGGAAGAUGAGGCUCUAGAGUUCUUGGAAAUAAUACCUGGACAAUGGUUCGUAGAGGUAAUCGAUCAUUUUGUGCAGCAUGCAUGCAUGCGUCAAAAGACAGUUUCUCACAGUUCAUUAUUUUGCACAGCCUUCUCCGGUCAUGCUCAGAUAGUGAAGGAUGAGUCUGAAAUGUAGAUUACAUUGUAGAGUUUAGAAAAGAAAUAUUACUUUCACCCCCUUGCCCAAAAGGAAGGAUAUUAUAUUAUACAAGAAAAAGAAGAAUGAGAAAAAGUUAAACAGGUAACCUUGAGGUAGGUGUCAAUGGCCCUGUAGAGACCAUCAUGGCAUGGUCGAGCAUUUUCUGGUAGUGAUUCAGCUAAAACCUGAAACUUAGUGAUAGAGAGGUUUGGGUCUGUUGCAAUCUCAGCUAGGUAAUUAUCUAAGAUCUUACUAAUAUUGCAUUUUCUAGACUUCUGUUGCUGUUGCUGCUGUUCUUGCAUCAAAAAAUAAUCCAGUAUCCUUUGCACAACAUCUAUGUCAUGCAUUGUGCAUUGUUCUGAACUGCACCAGCCAUUGAUGAAAAUUAAGAAGUAUUGUUUUUAUUUUACUUAUAAAAAAAAUUAACUAGUAUUGUUAAUUUGAUGGAUUAUGAUUAGGUUUUUCUGGAUUAUAAUGCCAAAUCAUACAAUGUAAGAAGAAAGAGUAAGCAAUCACUCACUUUAGCAGUUUGCCUUGAAUGGCAUUUUUAUAACUAGGGACCAGAAGAUCGUUCACAUUGGCAUCUUCCAACAUCAUCCCGAGUCUCUUUUCCAACUCUGAAAUCAAUGCUGGUGUUGCAGAAUAUAGCAUUGCCAUCUUCAACAUCUUGAACAGGAACUUGCAUGAAACAGCUUCUUGUUGAGGAGGAAGUAAGCUUACUAGGCUUUCAAUAAUUUUUUUUUGCUCCUUACUGUUUCCACUGCCCCCUUUUUCACUAUAGACACUAAACGACAGCUCAAUCUUUCCAUGCCCAUAACCUCUUAGUCCUCCUAACUCCAUGUCCAUACCUGGCAGCCAUCUAUCUGCGUAGUGCAUGAUACAUUUACCUAUGAUCUCUGGUUUUGUUCCCUUUGACCUUAUUGCAGCUAUAAUCUUUAUGAAAUGAUCCAUAUGAAGGGUAGCAACAUCAUCAAACCACCAGCCUUCUUCAAUAAGUUCAUCUUCAGUUAAGAUUUCUCUAGAAGCCUUCCAAGCUAUUGAGUCACAACAUCUUCUGACUAUCUGGAGAUUUUCAGCCCAUGGAGAUAGAGUUUCACAGGAUUUUAGAACAGUAAUGGUGUCUUUCCAAGAGGAAAGGACUACAAAUGUGAGGAAAGCUUCUGUCUUGGUGAUGAGAUUUCCAGCUUCAAACUCUUCCGUCAUCUCUAGAAAUUCUGAUGCACAUCUUAGUGGAGCAAUGUUGUUAGAAUUAAAGCCUACUGGGAGACCAUAACAAAAUUUUAGAACAAAUGCAAAUGUUUCUGAUCCUCCUGGGAAGUUUUCAAGCUUGACGUCGUACCCCGAAUUUAAGAUUGAAGGCUGAAGUUCUAAUCGGUGUAUGUAGCCACAUUUUGACACCAAGGGAUACUGUUUCAGGAGAAAAGAGUUAAUAUAUCUGGGUAUGGGAUGGGGUCUCUUACCCUUUAUGCAUCCCAAUUGAUAUGAUUUAGAGCUAUACAAAAAGAAGUUUUACACUGAUGAUCCAAGAGGGAGGAUCGAGACAAGAACACUCACCAGUAACAAAAGACAACUAUGACUCUAAUUGUUUUGGCUCAUUCCUUUCAGAAUUGUGAAAAAUAUGUUCAGAACUUAUUUUUCACGAAAAUCUAUCAAAAAAUUAUUCAACCAUGUGACUCUUGUACGAUUAUAUGCUAUAUGAUCCUAGUCAAUACAAUUAAUUUCUCUAAUUAAUGAACAAAUUAGAUCGAGUGCAAAGUGGUGUCUUGACGUGCAUGAGCCUGAUGUGUAUUAACCUUUGAUAUAUCUUUGCUUUUGAAAGGUCAGGAUUGUAGCUUUCAUAUAGCUAGCUUGCCAACAAGGAAAAAAACAGUUAUCUGGACUUUAGAAAUUGAGAUGUAUUUUGUCUUGUUUAUAUACGGUUACCUUGUGAACAUUAAAGGUGAUUCCCUGAACUUGGACUGAUAAAUCUUUAGGCAUUGGUGAAGGAACAAACCUGAAAAGAAGAUGGCACGGGACACAGAGAUGUGAAGCUGUUGAAAACACAAAAGAAUUGGAGGAAAAAUAAGCAACAAACUUGUUAUGCCAGAGAAAUCCUAUAUCAGCUUAGAUACUCUCUAGGAACAACGAUCUUUGUUUUUCAUAUGAGAGACUGGAUUUUAUUGUCAAUCAUGAACUAACUAUUAUGUUACCACGAGAGUUCUUUCUCUUGAAAGCUAUUAGCUGUAGCGUUGAGUUUGCUGUCACCACCGGCACCGGGGAUUACAAUGCUUUGGUUGUCAACUUGGUCGUUGCCAUCAGAAUCACUGCCAGGGCUUGGUGGUCGAGAGACUUGAGCCACUUGAAGAGACUUCUUCAUGGUGAUUCUCUGGCUGGAGAGGUACCUGUUAUGAGUGACGAGAUAUAUAGGUCAAAUAAUAAGGCAUUGGAGAAUGUGGGGUAUGCUCCAAUUAAAUGCCUGAGAAAUUAGCAUGUGGUUGGAAUAGGGGGUACCAUUAUGAGGGCUGGUGUGGAUUCUUCAUUUUCUUCCUUGCAUGUGUAACAACUGUCAUGAAAUUCGAUUAUGACAUUAGGGAUGAAUUAGGUCAGCGUCAGUGAAAUACAGAGAAUGUUGGGUUCAUGUUCAUUUUGAGCCACAAAAUUAAACAUGGAUUGGGACCAAUGUAUAGAUGCUUGUGUGGUUUGAGACCAAAGUAGCAUGUAGAUAUGUUAACUUAAUUGUGGGUCUCUUAUGACAGAAAAUGCAUAAACAUUGAUGUUACACUUACAUCUGUUGAAAUUUUUGAGGUUGAAUCCAUUAUCCAUUUAAUAUUCGUAUUUAUCAUUCAGAUUUUUUCAA